UCCUGCCCCGGCUCAGGGUGUUACAGCGGGAACAGAUAUGGUGGAAGGGGCAGACGGCUGCGGGAAGGGGACCCCAGAAUCCUGCUCCCUUCGGGCUCCUCCCUUGCUACCCAGGGUUGCAGUGCUUCCCUCCUUGGCCCCGCGCUGGCCGGUCCCUUCCGGAGCUACAGAUAUCUUUCCCAUGGGUCAUCCGCUCCACUUUUCUCCCCUUCCUUAAAAAGCCUUGGGCUCCAGGGCUGGAUUUUCCUGAGCUUGUCGUCACCGUCAGGGCGGUGGGGCUGGACCAUCUCCUGAGGCACAGCGGAGCAAAGACCAGAGAUGUUGGCCCCCCUGCACCCUGCCCAGGAGCCGGCAGGAACUGCUCUGGGGCCAUAACCUUGGGCCAGGCCAUGGCCGUGUGUUUAUUCUGGGACCUCCUGCAGGAAACUGCUUGGUGGGGUGAGAGCAGCCCUGCCUCGGGCUGACCCUGACCUGAACACGCCCCAGGGACCCCACGAGCGAGCGCAAACCUUCCCCAUGCCAGGGCUGAGGCUGUCACAAACCCAUCAUACGUGUUGCCCCGGGGACCCUGUGGCUGGCGGGUGCCCCCCGCGCUCUGGGAACCAGGGUGAGGGUGCCGCUGUCACGCCCCGAGCCCCGCCGCCUCGCUGGGAGCGGACCCGCGCAGCCCCGGUCCCCUCGGCGCCGCCACAGUUAAACGAGCGCCGCCGGCCCUUUAAACGCGCGCCAGUAGGCGGGGCCCGUCCCGGUGGCGACAGCCAGUCAGAGGCGCCCCGCCCGGCAGCGGCCCCGCCCCCAGCGGCCGCGCCCCCGCCGCGUCCUCCGAACGGCCCAAUGGGCGGCGGGGAGGGGCGCGGCCCUCGCCGCCGAUUGGCCCGGCGCCGCGCGGCAGCCCGAGCGAAGAUGGCGGCGCCCAGCGCCGGGGGGCCCCGAGCGGGCCGCGGCUGACGGCGCCGUAAGGGCCCCGUCGGGGCGCCUGGCCGCAGCCCGGGCCCGCCAUGGACCUGCUGUUCCUGCUGCUCCGCGGCCUGCGGAUGGCCCUGGACCUGCUGGUCCUGGUGCUGGACGUGAACUUCUUCCUGGUGUCCUCGCUGGUGUCGGUGCUGCUCUGGCUGCUGGCCGCCGCCUGCAGCCUCCCCGCCGCCGCCGCCGCCGGCGCGUUGGCCUGCUGGGACGGGCUGCUCCUCACGCUGGCCUCCCUGGCCCGGGCGGCCUGCUGCCUGGCCAUGGGCGCCCUGCAGGGGCUGGCCGGCCUGCUGCGCGGCUGCUGCUGCGGCCUGGAGGGGCUGAAGGUGGCGGGGCACCUCCUGUCGCACCUGGGGCUGCGGGGCAAGGAGCUGCUGCACCGCGGGCUCUGCAACCUGCUGGGCUGCGGCCAGGCCCUGGCCAGGCAGGUCGGCGAGGGCCUGGCAAUCGGCACCAGCCUGCUGGCCUACCUCGUUAACAGCCUGGUCAACGUGUGCCUCAUCGGCACGCAGAACCUCUUCACCCUGGUGGCGGCCCUGUGGGACUCUGUCGCCGGCCCCUUCCUCAGAGUCACGGACCUGCUGGCUGCGUUCCUGGCACACGUCUCCAGCGGUGCCAUCGCCGUGUCCAUCCUGCUGUGGUCGCCCUGCCAGCUGGCCUUUGAGCUCCUGGCCUCCUUCGCUGAGCUCUUCAUCAGCAUCUUCUUUGUGAAUAUUUAUGGCCUGGGCUUGCUUCUCCUCAUUAUUGUUGCCAGCACCUUUGUCUUCAACCCUGGGCUGCUGUGGACACUGAUAGACUAUGUGCUGGGCUACUUUACCACACUACCUUCCUACCACCGCCUGCAGCGGGAUGUGUGGCGGCUCUAUCAGGUGGCAGUCCUGACGCUGGGUAUGGUCAUGACCUCCCAGGCCUGGCGUAGGUUGGUGGACUGGAGUCUGCAGGUGACCAACUGGAGCCGAGGAGGCAGAACAAUGAACCGGGAAAGCAACCAGCGAGGGGCAGCUGUGCCCGCCCCAAGACCCACAGCCCCUGGCAGGCUGAUGCUGGCAGGGUUCAACCAGCUGCCAGCUGAGCAUGAGGACCAGCUGGAUGCAGAGCAGGUACCACAAGCACGUCCUGCUCUGAGUCGAAGUGCCCUGGGAGGACAGCGUCGCCAGCCACCCAGGGAGGAACCGAGCACUUCCUGGGGGAGAGCUCUGAGGAGGCAGCAGCUGAAUGCAGCAGCUGUGGAUGGUGAGGGCACUCCAGAUAAUGACCCCUGGAUGCUCUUGAAAGAACAAGAGGAACGUAAGAAAUGUGUCAUCUGUCAAGACCAAACCAAGACAGUCCUGCUUCUGCCCUGCAGGCACCUGUGCCUGUGUCAGGAAUGCACAGAAGUCCUCCUGCAGCAGGCCAUCUACCAGCGCAACUGCCCGCUGUGCCGCCAGAUGAUCCUCCAGACACUUAAUGUGUACUUGUGAGCUCAGGGGGCGGGUGGCUUGGGUCAUUUUCCCAGGAGGUCAAGAGCACCCCUGUCUGCCUCUUGAUGGGAAGGAGAACUUCCCAGGGCUGCCUUGAGUAGCUUCCAAAGAACUAAGGAUGGUGCUGAAAGGACAAAAGGCUGUUGGGGGUAUCUGCUAGCCGCACUUGCUAGGUAACUAGAUUGUAGCUCUUGCUAGCAAGCACAAUAACUGAUCUCUGCAGCAGGCUAAAAGAGUUACCUUUUUUUUGUUGACAACUUUUGCUGUUUCAGGGCCUGUUGCCUCAAGCCUGCAGUGGUCUGAGAUCCAAAGCAGAGUGCAGAAAGAUGCUCUGAUCUCUCCUAGCCAAACCUGAUGGAAAGGUUAAAGGCUGUGCCCUCCUGGGAAUCCCAGGGGCUGGUGCAAGGGAAGAGAGGGGUUUUCCCAAGGUCUGACCAGAAAACUACUUGUCAGACUGCAUUCAGACCUCCGUUUCCUCUUCCCACCAUCUAAUUGCGUGAGCUCUCUGGGAAGCGAGAAGCGUGCCUCUCUUGCAGGCCCUGGGAGAGCUGAGUACAUUCAGGCUUUUUAGGCUUUGCUACCAGAGGGCUGAGCCUGGCUCUCAGCUGGAGAAGAGCAGUUUUUCUGGGAUACUUCAGUAUCCCAGCCACCGCGGCUUUGGUUUUUGAGCUUCCUAUUCCCCUUGCCAGGACAAUGAGGAGCCAUGAUGAACACAGGCUCCCUGCAGAGCUCAGUGUUGCUGCCGCUUCCACGCAUCACCUAUGCAAGACUAGCAAGCACACAUCAGGUUACUUGCAUGGGGAGGCCGGACGGUGUUACCCUUUCUGCAGGGGUGGGGGGUGCUGCUUGGGGAACCUGAGGGCUGGCUGGCCAGUGCUUACAAUCCUGGCAGCAGCAGCACACGUCUGAGCCAAUGCUGGAGAAUCCUCUCUAAGUAACACAUUUUUCUUCAGGCUCAAAGUGCCACAGAGCUGGGUGGUUCACACCAGUCCUUGCUUGCUGCUUCCCAGGCAGGGCUGGCUAGAGGAAGUAACUCUUUGGGAGGAGAGGGGACACUCCAAAGCUCUUGGGAACCCACUGAGACAUUCCAGCUCCAGUCACAAGUUUUGCAUAUCUGUGCUGCAGAUCUGCAGUUGUGUGCAUGGAGCAGUACUAGGACCAUGGCGAUCUUUGAUUAGGGCAGGGUUACACUGCUGUUGUCUUACUGUAUGUCAGAAAUGCAGCUAGUUUUAUUUAAAAGUAUCCCCCAAAGUCUAACAAGAGCAUCCGAUCCUGGCUCGGGAGGCCUGAGAUGGCUUAUCCCAGCUUGGUCAACCAGCACCAUUCCAAGAAAUUGCUAGGCUGAGAGAGAGCCUUGCACUAAAAGCUUUCCCUUUCCAGCUGCUUGUCUGAGAUCAGCCACGCGCCACAGCCAAUUUUGGCUGGGGCCAGACUGGAAAGAGUCUUGACUCCUGGACUGCAAGCUAAGAGCCUGAGGGCAGCUGGCAUGGUCUUCCUUCUCUGUUCUCCUUCUUGAUUAGUGAUUUAAGCCAAAACAGAGGCAGCAGAGAGGCGAGGCAAGGCCGGAAUAUGCCUCUUAACUGUAAACCUGAGAUGUGGCAAGAUACUAUCUUGUUGGAGAGUAGCUUCGUUCUGAGAGGUGCUUCAGGGCUGGUUGCCCCCACAUUUUCUGUGGGCUGGAGGGACCCCGUGGACCAAGCUGGGCUCCUGACCACUAAGUGGUGUUAGAAGGGCCUGGCCUCAGAGCGGUCAGCUGCUUCCACCUUGCUUUGCAGAGAUGAAAAGCUGCCUGCCCAAGCCCGUUUGCUCAGCCUCUUGUCGCUGUGCCUCCCCAGACUCACACCACCUGUGUUAAUGUUUGCUCUCGCCAGCCACCUCUCCUGUGGCUGCAGCUAGUGACACAUACAGUUGAGUAGCCAAGCCCGUGCCAGAGCAGCAAGUGCAGCCUCACGGCCUGUGUUCACCAGGGUCCAGCUUGUCCCAGGCACUUGCAGAGCUGCACCCUUCCCUGGGUAUACCUCUGGAGAUACCCAGGAGUGGGAGCAUGGCCAUGUUCCUGGCUGGAAGCAGUGGUGUUUGGUUGGGACCAGCUCGUGGAUCUCAGGGUGCAAUGCUUCCUACGUGAGUUACAGGGGGUAAAGGACACCUCCCCAGGACUGCAGUUUCUCCCCUCAAACCCUUUUUCUAUUAUAGCAGUCACGCUUAUUGUUUUACGGCCUGUUUAUCUGUUGCCUGUUUAUAUAAAAAAAAAAAAGAGAAAGCUUUGCCUUAAGUUUAACUCUUUGCACUAUGGACUAGAUACUGAGCAGAUUAAAGU